AUUUGGAAUGUUAACUGUAUCUAUUUGACAACAGAUUUCUCCACUUGCCUAUGGUGACUGUUCCACUUGGUGAUUGACAAUGAAGAGAUCUACAACAUCCACCAAUGCUUUGCUACAGAAGGUUUCAUCACAGCUAAAGGGAGACAUAAUCAGGAAGCCAACAGAAGAAGAUGAUCUUGAAGCGUAUAUCAAGGGUCUUACACAGAAGACUGCACAACAUAAGAAAUCAGUAAACUUUGAAGACAUAGGAGACAUAUCCAUUUCUAGUGAGUUGGAUACCAAUUCAUCUACCCACAGACAAAAAGCAGCUCCCUCUGUCGGAAGCAAAUUUCUGAAAAAGAAAACUGGACAAAAUUCUGCACCAGCUCCUCAGUCAAAAUUUUUAAAGAAACCUCAGUCAUCAGCAGCUAGUCCUGUGCCAACAGUUUCUUCUCAGUCUCGUCCUGGCACUUCCAGGGGGCCCCUACAGCAACAAGCUAAAAGUCCAGCAUAUGGACAGCCGAGAGGAAGCUCACAGAAAUCCUCUUCAUUAGACAAGGCUGCUGCUCUUACUCAAAAAAUUGCUGGAAGGCAGACUUUUGCCAAUAACAAAAAUGUUUUUACCCUGGAAACAGACAGUGAAGAAACAUUUUCUACUCCAAGAGCUGCCAACCCUACACCAAGUUCAAAGCAAAACACACGAGUGCUCAGUCCGAGCCCUAGAUCUAUGUCUUCUGACAGUGUCAAAAUAGGAAGAGAUGGUGGUAAAUUCAUGAAGAAGAAGCAACCUGCUGCACAAGAAAAACCUGUACCACAUAAAGCAGAGUCAAGUGGUAGAAAGAGCCCUGUUCCAAAACAGACAGGGGCUGGUAAAAAAUCAUCAGGAUCUCCAUUUCUUCUUAAAAGUUCCCAGAGGUAUUCUACUGAUGUUGUAUUGUCAUCUGAGGAGGAGAGUCUGGCCGAGUUUAUUACAGGGUUGGAUGCUGACUCCUCUGAAGAUGGUAGAAUCAAAGAAUACAUGAAAAGGAUCAAACCCAAUGAAAAGCUCAAAACGAGGGUUCCAUCACCACCUCCCAGGAGGAGCCCUUCUCCAGAUGCCAAACCUCCCACUGCUGUCCGAAGAACUCCCUCGCCACAGAACCAGCGCAGGUCUCCUUCCCCAAAAUUCAGCCGUAGGUCACCAUCCCCUGUGUUCCGAAGGUCAAGGUCAUCUGAUGAUUCUGUACUUUCUGAUUCUCUUCAAAGUGAAGUUAUUGAAGAGAAAGAUGAAAGUGAUGCACAAAGCAUCAGUUCAGAGGAUGGAUUUAAAUUUAAUCUCAUGGAUGCCAAUUCAUUUGAGCCUGUAGUUUUUGAAACAAAGUCACGAAAAGCAACCAAGUCUCCUGUUCAGAGGAAGUCGACUAAAUCUCCUGUGGAAAGGAAAUCCAGGGAGACAGCAAAAACUACCAGGAAACAACAAAAAGAAGCCUCCAAAAAACCAAAGAAAGAGAAGAAAAAAAGUGAUCUCUUUAGCUCAUUUGGGCUGCACACAGUAGAGGAGUUGUUGGGGGCUGGGGAAGUGUCAGAGAGUCGUGAUAUCAGUGAGGAGAUAAGGACAGAAUCUUCACAUUCAGAGAUUCAUACAGAAAAAGAUGAACCGUUUGUGUUUGGACAAAGAGCAAAACCAGAGCCAGAAUCAGUAACAGAGAUAAUCUCUGAGAUUAAAACUAGGGAAUAUAGUACACAAAAGAAAGACUCCUAUUCAGAGGACUUUGAACCUAGUAUUUCUGAAAGGAUUGGUAUGAGUUCAAAAUCUCACCGAUUAAAGUCUGGUUCGGAGAUCCGGACACGAUACAGUAGUGAUGGCACUGCAGAUGACUACACUGAGGAAUUCGCUAGUGAUACAGAGUCUAUAGCCACUAUAUCUAGAACCUCCGCAGGGCCGCCAUCAGAGAUGACCAUUAGCGACAGCUAUACGGACCGGUCAGAAUCAUAUAGUUAUACCCCAGAGGUAAGGAAGUCAAGGACAGGACGUGUAAAAGUGAAGAGUGUAGAGGUCCAAACAGCUGAGCCAGGUUUGACAUAUUCCUGGGACACCCGCUACUCGGGUAUGGCUGUACCAGGACCAGCCCUAGGGAUGGGUUUCGUUGAUCCCACCCCAAUAGCUACACAUGUUGUCAGUCCAGAGACGCUGGAAACAAUGACAGCUUACAGUCCAAGUAUGAUAGCCCUGCAUGACAUGUUACGUCAGCAGCUAGAACUGACCAGGGAUUUCCUCAAGUCACAGAGGUAUAUGUACCAGUGUAUGAUGUCCAGUGUAGACCAACGCCAUACCUACACCACACUGGAGGAUACCAAACAGUAUAUACGCAAGCAUAGAAGAAAGCGACUUUCCUUUAAAGAAGCCUUGAGAAUGGUAGACGCAGAGAUGGAGAGAUAGUAAUUUUUCCUUUAAAGACGCCCCGAGAAUGGUAGAAGCAGACAUGGAGAGAUAGCCGUUUUCCUUUAAAGAGCCCUGAUGGUACUGAGAAUGACGUACAUGGAGAGGGAGAGAUCGCUGUUUUCCUUUAAAGAAGCCCAGAGAAUGAUGGACAUGAAGAGGGAGAGAUAGCCAUUUUCCGUUAUAGAAGCUCUGAGAAUGGUGGACAUGGAGAGGGAGAGAUAGCCGUUUUCCGUUAUAGAAGCCCUGGGAAUGGUGGACAUGGAGAGGGAGAGAUAGUAAUUUUACUUAGGAUGCCUUUGUGUAGAUCACAGGAAAGCCUGAACAAUAGAUUCAAAUUAGUUUAAAUGUCACAUGUAAAAGGUACAAUUGUUAGAAUCUUCAAAACAUGUCAGCUCUCCCACCCUUACUUCCAGUCUACUGUCACCCAUACUUUAGGAUGUAUGUCAAAUAAACCACUUACUGUCCUGCUAAACUGUCAAAGUAGUACUUUUGUGCAUGUUGACAAUUUAUCAUAUUUGUUAUUAAAUCAAGUUAUGAGGAGCACAAACCACUGCUAAAAGUAUAUGAUUGGGAACCUGUUAGAACACAGAGAAAGUGAGCCCGCCGAGUGUAACAUUUAAUGUGUUGAGAAUAUAUGAACAGUAAUUCAGUUUAAUGCAAAUUGUACCAAAACUACCAAGUUCCUGUGGUGAGCAACAAGACAGUUAUCAUCUGUAGAAAAUAAGACACGGACAAGACAGUUGUUGUAAAUAAGACACAUGGGCACAGGAGAGUUUAGAACUGGAAGCAGGCAGACUCGCAGGGGAAAGAGAGUUUAUUAGUGGAAGCAAAUAAGAUACACAAUAACAACGCAUUUUAUAAGUGUUAGUUAAAAAUGACUAGACUGUUUAGAAGUGGUUAUAAGUUAGGAUAAACAGCCGGUUUGUUGGUCAUCCCAUCAGCAGUAUAAGCUACAACAGGAGUUGAGAAUGCUUAUUGUCAAUCCUGUCUCUCUCACUGUAUGAUUUCCUUGUUGUGUGUUGUAUU